UAUUAUUAUUUCAAAAAAUGGAUCGUACAAUUAUUGCUCCUUACCGGGCGGAAGAAAAAGAACUUUCAUUGAUAUUAUACAAUAAACUGCAAGGAUUGACUCUGCUGCACCCACCUACCGAUGAUUUAAAAAAAUGUCUGUCCGACGAAAUGUUCGUAAAGCCCAACCAGCAGGCUUUCUUUCAUGUCAUGCACUAUUUGUUCCGCAUUCUUGAUCCCAACGAAUUUAGGAAGCGCUUCUACUGGCCCAUUACCGACAAGAGAUCCGAGUCUAAUUUUCGUACCAGUACCGUUGAAUAUCUAAAGUAUUUGAACGAAAAACAUCAAUUAAAUUGGACCCAUAUUAAAUCAUAUCUUGUGGUAAUGCCUGGCGGCAUGAAGUUCAUAUGUUUCCUGUUGGACUUCCUGCACUUCAUAAUGCAGGAGUUGAUCAAGCAAAAAGAGAAACAGUUAAAUGUAGAUUCCACGCAAUUUCGCGACUUGGUAACCGAAGAGAAUUUACAGAAAAUGUGUAAGCAAGAUGCCGUGCUGAAAGAGAUGGCGUCGGGAUUUCUAACCAGUAUUGAUGUGAUCAACAAACGUUAUAUGGAAAAGGUGGAAUUGUUGACGCAACAUUUAGAUGAGCUGGCUGGAGAGACGGGAUUAGCUGUGGAUCUUCUAAUCGAUGAUAAAUUCCUUAUUGAUUUCGAAGAUAACAAUGCGCUAUUGUUUGAGGAAUGUUUUCGUGCCAGAACACAAAAUAUAGUGGCAAUGGAACAGCAUGUUCAUGGUUUAAAGGAGAGCAUCGAUAGAUUCUAUUCAAAGGAAAGUGGAUUCAAAUACGAACCUCAAAAAGUGCGUCAGCAGUUGAGGAAUAUACGUGACAAUUUCUCAAUGGAGAAUUUAAGUGAUGUUUCUAUACUUUGUGAUGAUAGUGUCAACAUAAACACGUUGAUAAAAGCUUUCAAUAGCAUUCAUGAAACCAUACAAAACGAAUUAUUCGCUGCGGACAAACGUCCUCGGGCUGGAAUUGUUAAAUCCAGACUUUCGGAGGUGGAAAAGGAUUUGAGACAAAUCGAAAAUCAAAUCACUGAUUUUCUAAUGAUAAUUAAGUCGCGUAGAAAGAAACGUCACGAUGAUAUACCACGUACACCUGUACGACAUGGUAUUGUCCAUGGGAAUAGCGCGAGUGGCGGAAGUCAUUUUGGCAGUGCUAAACGUAAUUUGGAAAAUACCUUAUUAUUGAAAUAUGUAUCGACGCCACCAAUAAAAUUCGAAAUGUCUGAAGGACAGCACGGCCCAUCUCGCCUCUCCCUUAUUGAUUCUAAAGCGGCAGCGAAUGCCAAUGCUAGUACAUUCAAUACUCCAGCAAGAACUAUACGUCAACCCAGGCUCAAUUGCAGUCUUGCCGAUCAGUCUGUUGUGGAUUUAAACUCAUCAAUGAAUCGAUCAAAACUAAUAGAUCCCAUGCAAUUAUUAAGAUCCAUAAACAAGGAUAGCUCUAAAACUGUGACGACACCCAAAUCAAAUCUUUCUGGAUUGGGCAGCCGGUGGAAGGAACGACAAUCAUUACUUGGCGAUAGAGAUGAUGAAAUUCCCACAAUCAUUGUGACAGAUUCUCCUCGUAGCCACAAAACUCCACGUAGCUCCAGUAAGGCAGAUCCAACUACUAUAGCACGCCGCCAAUCAUUAUUUUCCGAUAAGGAUGUGGCGGAUAUUUCAACCACUUCUACAGUAACAAAGAAAUCCUCAUCGUCAUUUGCCACCAGCAGUGGUUCGCCCACUAUAGUACAAUCACCAUUCACGCCCUUCAAUUCAAACGAGCGUACACGUAUCGCUCGUACAUGGGAUAACAAUUCGUUUGGCAACAAUUCAUCGUCUUCGUCAUGGUCUGGUAUGAAGAAAAUUUGCGCUUUGAAGAAGGUGCAGGACGCCUCAAUGAAUUUUGCAAAUCUUAGCACUAGUCCGUCGGGACGUUUGGAGCCAUUGGUUACUGCCCAGGAUUUUAAUAUUCCGAAAUUAAAACUAAAUGAUAACUCGCUAAUUGAUCACAAUGUGAGUUUUGAAAUAUAA